ACACCCGGACACCGGGAUGGAGGAGGCCGUGGUGAAGCAGGGCACCAUUUACCUGCAGCUCCAGCAAACCUUCGGCAAGAAGUGGAAGCGCUGCUGGGCCGUGCUGUACCGCGCCAGCUCGCGCUCCUCGGCGCGCCUGGAGCUGCAGGAGGGCGCGGAGCGGCCGCGCCGAGCCGAGCCGGGCCGGCGCCAGGUCCGGCUCAGCGACUGCGUGCACGUGGCCCGGGCGGGGGGCGAUGCCACCUGUCCCAAGGACACCGUCCCCUUCCUGCUGGAGACCACCGAGCGCCGCUUCCUGCUGGCCGCCGACGGCGCCGAGGCCGACGAGUGGAUCCAGCGGCUGUGCGAGCUGGCGUUCCCAAGGAGUCGGGAGGAGCCGGCAGUGGCCAAGGAGGGUGCGCUGGGCACGGAGGGCGAGUUCUCCAUGGAGGAGAAUUCCCUGUACAGCUCUCGGGACAAAGCCGGCCUGGAGCAGUGCUUUGAGGUGACAGUCAGGGUGACCCCAUCGUCGCAGCGCUGCCGGCUGCGGGGCCGCUGCAUCCUGCGCGCGGGCCAGGACGCCCUGGAGCUGCUGCAGCCGCAGAGCCUGGAGCUGCUGUGCUGCUGGCCCUACCGCUUCCUGCGCCGCUUCGGCCGCGACAAGGUGACAUUCUCGUUCGAGGCCGGUCGCCGCUGCGCCUCCGGAGAGGGAAACUUCGAGUUCGACACCAGGCAGGGCAACGAGAUCUUCCAGGCCAUCGAGGCGGCCAUCGAGCGCCAGCGCGGCCGCGCCGGGCCCGCGGACGAGGCCCAGGCCAGGACACCGAGCUGGGGGCACGAGGAGCUCCCGCCCGCGGAGGGGAAGGUGCCCAGGGCGGAGGGGAAAGGAGCCAAGGGCAAGGCCGUGGAUUUUCCGUACGCCGAGCCCCUGGACUCGCUGCGCCGCGGAGCCGCGCCGGAGUCUGAGUACGCCGUGCCCUUCGACACCAUCGCCAAAUCCUUCCUGGCCCUCCAGCUGGGCGGGCCGGGCUGUCCCCAGGAGGGGCUCCCCGAACCCCCUGGCAGUACCAGGGACACGGGAGCGGCUCAGCAGCCCCCAGGCCGCCCCACGGCCCCCAAACCCGAGCACAUCUACGACGAGCCCGAGGGGCUCUCGGCGCACUCGGUGUACGACGAGCCCGAGGAGGUGAAGGGCGAGGCUUGGAGGCUGCAGGCGGCCCCCGAGGAGCCCCCCGGGCUGGCGUGUCCCUACGACGCCCAACGCGAUGAUUACGCCGUGCCCAAGCGGCGCGUCCCCCUGCGCCAGCCCUUCCUGCUGCAGGGCAAGGAGUGGCUCGGCGACAGCGACUACGACAACGUGGCCCUCAAGGUGGCACGGGGCAGGAACCUGCAGUGAGUGGCAGAGGACGGGACAGGAGGAGGGGACGCCCCAAAUCCUCCCAGUCGGG